CGCUUUUAAAAUAUUGUACAUUCAUGCGUGUUUUGUAUGGAAUUUUGCCAAACGAAAUAAAAUUCACCGCCUUCGGCAAUCGAAACACCAGCCAUCGAAGCAACAUGCAAGAUUCCUUGCGCGAGACUCUUCGGCAACAAAAUAGCCGCGAAGCGUGCGCGGAGAUGCAAAAAGCCAUCUCGACUGGGAAGGUAAAGCUCAAGAGCGACCUGAAGAAGUCCAGCGCGUUGGUGAAGAAGCUCAAGGUUCUUGGUGACUCGAAUCUGCAAGCGUGCUUGAAAGAUGUCAGCGAGCUCAACUUGACGCGGUACCUCAGCGAGUGUGUGGUAUCUCUCGUGGAGGCUGCAGGCGCGUUAAAGCCAAGCGAAGUGUCAUCUCAUGUCCAUCUCAUCAGUGCGCUGCACCAACGAUACGGAGUGACAGACAUCACGGAACCGCUCGUGCAGUCGUACUGCGCUGCGGCGUUCGCUCCACCUGCUGUCGCUCCACCUGGCACCCCCGUGGAUGUUGCCGCCAAGCAACGUCAACUGAAGCGCCGUCUGGUUACUCUGCGCAUCCUCACCGAGCUGUUCUUUGUGGGCGUGCUGACGGACGCAUCGGUCAUCCAUAACAUUCUUCACACCGUCGUCACGCGUGAAGAGCUCCAUGCGAAGCCUUCCAAGAAGCAAUCGUCAUCUCAAAGUAGCAAGCAACCGCCGCUCGAUGUCCCAUUACUUGUGAGUUUUGCCAAGUACGCUGGUCCGGAUUUCUUGGGCACGGUGUCGACCGAGUCUACCUCCGCGGAUGGAGGGUCCCGCGGCCUCUGCGGCGCGUCCAUCACGGUUCCCGCGGUCAUCCAGGCGCAGCUUCGCGCGUUGUUCGACCAGGCCUUCGACAUGAUUGCAACGAUGUACGUGAACCAGCACCAGACUGUUCGCAAACUCGAGAAGCGAAACAUGAAGGAGGAAGUGAACCGCGGCGAGUUGAGCGAGGAGCAUGUUGCGGACUUGGCGGCCGCGACUCUUCUCUGUGAAAAGCUCACGGGUAGCAUCACGACGCUGUCGGAGGCACUGCAACGGCCCAUGCCGGCGCUGCCCGUGGACAACUCGGACGACGCGCGACUGGCGCAGCUCCUUUUGUGGGACGGCGGCGAAGGCCGCGCGGAACUUCAUGCGGAUGGCCCGUUCGACGACGAAGACACUCGUUCGUUCUAUGAGGACUUGCCCGACCUGCUGGAGCUCGUGCCGGCGGUCGUCCUCGGCUUAACGGAGACCGAAGUGGCAGAGCUCAAGAUGAAGAAAGAGGCGAGUUCCGCCGAGGCCGAGGCCGAAGCGGCGGCAGCAGCAGCACACGACGAUGACGGCGCAAUCGACGACCUGGCGCCGCCACUCGUUGGAGACGAUGCCGACAGUGGGGCGGCCGAUUCGGAGGCCCCAGCGGCGCCCAACGACACCGUUCUCGACACUGAUGACGACAAAGCAACUGCAAGCGCCGCCCAAACCACGUCAUACCAUCACCAAAUGGAUGCGUUCUUCGCUUCGUUGGAAGACAUGGUGAAUCGCGAUCGGUGCGACAAGGCAGCCGUCGACUUUUGUUACCGCAACACCAAGGCGGCGCGAACGAGGCUCGUCAACACGUUGUAUAGCGUCCCUCGGACACAUUUGGAGCUGCUUCCGUACUACAGUCGGCUCCUGGCGGCGCUGGCGAGGGUCCUGAAAGAGGACGUUGGCGGCGCGCUCGUCGAUUUGCUCGUCCACGAAUUCAACUACUUUCAAAAGAAAAAGAACCAGUAUCGACUCGAAUCCAAGGUCAAGAACAUUCGCUUUCUUGCGGAACUGACCAAGUUCAAAGUGGCGCCGCCGAUGGUCGGGUUUCGAUGCCUCCGCCGGUGCUUUAGCGAUUUUCAGGGCCACAACGUUGUGAUUGCAACCACGUUUCUCGAAACGUGUGGCCGGUUUCUCUACUGCUCCAAGUACACCCACGUUCGCACGGCGCAGUGCCUCGACAUCAUGAUGCGCCUCAAGGCCGCCAAACACCUCGACCCGCUCGCCGACACGCUCGUCCAGAACGCGUUCUACAUGUGCAAGCCCCCCGAAGUCGUCGCCCGCGUCAAAGCCCCACGCGACCCGAUCUACCUCUUCAUGCUCCACUUGCUCUACUCGGAGCUCACGCCCGAGAGCGUCGGCAAAGUCGUUCGCAUCUGCCGCAAGUUUGACUGGGAUCAUGCCGACACAACUCGAUGGUUCAUCAAAGCGGUGCUCAAAGUCACAACGGCGCAAGUCCUUCACAUGGCGGCCGUCUGCGACGUUGUGGCGGGCUUAUCCCGAUAUCACGAGGAACUGAGUGUGUACAUUGUCGACACUGUGAUCGAAGCGAUUCAGUUGCACUUGACGCUCAACCAUUACAAGUACCACCAGCGCAACCUGGGCUUGGUCAAGCUCCUGGGCGAGCUGUACAACCACCAGCUAGUCACGUCGGUCGUUGUGUUUGACAUCUUGUACGGGUUCCUAAACCACUCGCACGACAUGGCGGCGGCGACGCUCCCGGACGAGUUCGUUCGACGCAUGGCGCUUGUGCCCGACAUGAAGUACGAUCGUCGCAUGAUGAUGCGCCACCACCCGAUGACGUUCUGGCGUAGGUUUGACCCGCGCGUGCCGUCCGAUGUCGACAGCGACCGCAACGUGUUUCGAGUGCGGCUGAUCUGUGCGCUGCUCGAGACGUGCGGGGCGAGCUUUGAUCGGGGCAUCACCAAGCGCAAGCUCGAUCGAUUUCUCGUGUUUUUUCAGCGAUACUUGCUGGCCAAGGCAGACGUGCCGCUCGAAACAGAGUUUGUCGUGCUCGACACGUUUGAUUUGCUCUCGACCAAAGGUAUUCGUCCUGUUUGUGCAACAACGAACGGUCGUCGCUUGACUUGGUGUGGAUGUGCCCCCAGACAAAGUCGCGCGGUACGACUCGUGGGAACAAGUGGAUGCGGCAGCGCAUGCGAUUUGGGCCGUCGAGCUCCAGCAAGCCGAAAAGCGCGUCGCCAAGGCCAAGGCGGCGUCGAUCCCUGGCAGCAGCGCCGCGUCGACAACAGUCCUCCCCAUCCCGGAAGAAUACGACGACGACGACGAUGCCGGCGACAACGACGACGAUGACAAUUCGUCCAGCGAUGACAAUGAGCGCGCCGGCGGCGGCGCCACGUCUAGCGAAGAUGAGGACGAGGAAGACGACGAAGAUGAAGACGAGGACGACGACGAAGACGACGAAGACGAUGUUGAAGAGGAGGAACAUAUUAUCGUCAAGCACGACGCCAAGAUCGAAGAAGACGACGAGUUCGACAAGGCGUUCAAGGCGAUGAUGCAAAGCAGCGUCGAGUCGCGCAAGCACAUUCCCCGCGUGAAUGCAGACAAGAUGGCGAUCCCGACAGUCGUCAAGACAACCCACCACGUCGCGGACGAACCGACGGCGGCGUCGAUGGUGUUUCGCGUGUUGAAGCGCGGGAACAAGGGCAAGCUCGAGGCGCGGGAGAUCCUCGUGCCGCAAGCGACGUCGCUGGCGCAGCACAGCCAGCGCCAGGAAGACGCGGGCAAGAAGGAACAGUCGGAGCUCAAGCGCCUCGUCCUCCUCAACGUCGAGCGCGAUGAAAUGAACUACGAAGACGAAGACGGCGCACUGUCGCCGCCACCGACAAGCGCAUCGCUUCAGUCCAACCACACGAGUCGGCAUUACAUCAAACCGACGCGCCACCGCGAACCCAACAACACGAGCUCGUACAUUGUGGCCAACCCGACAGGGCGCGGGGCGACGUGGGGGACGCUGGAAUCGUUCCUCGAGAUGAAGAAGACGUCGAUCGUUGGCGUUGGGCCCCAGGCAGCGACGCGAGGCGGCCGGGCUGGCGGCCGUGGCUACCGCAGUGGGCGUUAAGAUUACCGUGUGCGAACCGUGCAUUUGCAGGCAUCACGGCCACCACGGGACGAUUGUUGACUGCCGCUGCGUCGCCGAGCACGGGAGGAAUGGCGACGGCAUGGCGACAGCGGGCCCUAGCACCGACCUGUGCGAACACCCACGGAGCUGUCGGUCGGUUCUGCGGCGUCGUGGGCGGUGGUUGAAAACGGGAGAGCGGCAUCGACAGAAGUAGACUAGUGUGGAUGAUGAUGCGUGUAAAACCAGUCAACGAGAUGCUGUGCCCGGCCCACGGCUUGCUUCUCGA